AUGAGUCGUCCCCCAACUUGCCAUUUUUACCAAGCCGGGUCGUGUCUUAAUGGCGACUCGUGUGCGUUUUACCACCCAACCCAGCGUUGCCGCUCCUUCACAGCUGACGGCUGGUGUCCAUACGGUGUGCACUGCCACUUCUGGCACGAUCCCGAGAACUCCGCGCUUGCGACCGAAGAUGGUCAGCCAGUUCAGAAGAUCUGUCGUUUCUUCCUUAAUGGCCAAUGCAGCUACGGGGAAAUGUGCGCUUAUUCCCACCAGGUUGACGAUCUAACCAACGGCGGUGAGUUUGCCAAUAGGCUUACUCUUGCCGAGUAUCGCCAGCAGCGUCAGUUGUACCGGCAGCAUCAGCAGCUCCAACUGCCGAGUCACCGCCCUGCGAGUCGUUCCCGGCCUGCCCCUCUCAGUCCCGCACAGCAACCCACCUCCAGAGCUGUGGUUCCUCGACCAACAGCCCGAUUGGAGCAGGCCUACGUCGAUGCGCUGCAGCCGGGAGACUUGGAGAAGAUGCGGGAGCUGGAGGUCGAUAGACUCCUGAAGCGAUUCCCCCCCACCAAAUUGAAGCACAUCUCGGGCACGGAGGAUGUUGAGUCCUUCUCUCUCAUGUUCUCAUCCUCUGAUCCCGAUUGGUCUCAUGAAAUCAAAAGCAUCAUAAUUAACAUCACCCUCCCCCCUGACUACCCACUUUCUCGACCGGUUUUAAAAGUUCCGCGCACCUCCGACCUUCCAAGUGCUGUUACAAACCAUCUAAAUGAGGCAAUAGACACGUGGGUUAACGAGCGUCAAGUGGCCAACGAAUCGGCCAAUAAGGUGGCGCUAUUCCUGCGUGCCUUCCUGUUUUGGUUGGACAAGAAACUGAAUGAACUCCUAACAGCGGGAUACAGUCUAGUAUCUGAAAACGACACUCAGGAGCUUGACGGUGAACGUCUCUUUCCCAUUUCCGAGACUUUUAGCCCAUGUCUGAACGGCACAAGUAGUUCCUCCAGCGAAUCCUCGUCCGACGAUGAGGAUGAUGAUGACGACGCCUCCACCAAUCGCAUGUGCCCCCACAACAACACACCUGAUUUGCUAAACCUCGAAGCCACGAGCGACGAUGAGAGCGAAACGGAGGCUGGAGGAGGCGUGGCAUCGGGUUCUGUGUCUUCUGCGACUGUUGUUAAACAAGAAGUGACCUUUGAGGGCUUGGAUUUUCGUGGUCAGGCUGGCACCUGUUUGUUUGUGCGUCUCCCGGUGUCUUGUACGUGUUCCCGGUGCAAAUACGUCUUCGACUGGGUCUUCCGACUUCCCGGUCAACAGAUUGGGAAACAGGCGAUUUUCAAGUCAACUCCGCCCUACACUACAGCAUGUCCACGUUGCAAGCAACCAAUAGGGCUGGAGUUUGAGGCGUCUCUGGUUCACGGGUUCUCGCCGUUGAUUGGCACCUUUGAAUUGGCCAAUUGCGUCUUAUCCGAUGUGCAAAUUAGGCCAGCCGACGCGAUGAUACACUGCACUAACUGCAGCUCCGAUGUGAAAACAACGGGCCUACAACAGGACCGCGUUAACACAAAACGCUGCCAAAACUGUCAUUCUCUCUGUGGAAUACUUUUCACAGAUAUUACGAUCUCCAAACAGCUGCCAGCUCCCUCAAUCAGCAGACGAUUUGCUGGCCUAUCAAUCGGUCAAACAUCGAAGACACAAAAAGAUGGACGGCCAAAGACCGCAGUUGCCUCUAACGUGCCCUUCGUGCUUCAGAAAGGCACUCCUCUACCAAAUAACGGAGCUUGCAAGCACUACCGGAAAAGCUUUCGCUGGCUCAGGUUCCCGUGUUGUCAUCGAGCCUUCCCGUGCGACGUCUGUCACGAUGCGGAAACAGCUGGCGUCCAUGAAACUCUCUACGCAACGCGCAUGAUAUGCGGCUUCUGCUCCAAGGAGCAGGCGUUCGUGGCUUCGCAGAAGUCCUGCAUCGCCUGCCACAAGGACCUGACGGGAAGCCACUCUAGUCACUGGGAGGGCGGACGGGGUUGUCGAAAUCCCGUGAAGAUGUCCCGCAAGGAUAAUCGGAAGUACGCGAGGCAGAACAAGUGA